AAAAAGUGGCGCUAUUUGAGCUGUUCUCGUCUUUCUGUGACUAGCUAGCAAGAUACAAACUAAAGUUACGUUACGUUGCUAAGAAAAAGCAGUUGCACACAGGGUGUAAACAUGUGUGGUAGGACUGCUUGCACUCUUGCUUCGGAUGAGGUUCGCCGUGCCACCCGUUACAGAGACCGAACGGGACGGAACCGCCGGCCGAAUUGGAAAAAUGGUGAUGAUGAUAAAUACAGGCCUUCUUACAACAAGAGUCCUCAAUCCUUCAGCCCCGUCAUGCUGUCAAACAGACACUUUAAUAAGGACGCCCCAGUGGAUGAGUGCGUGUUGGCAACGAUGCGGUGGGGCCUGGUGCCUGCCUGGUUUAGGGAAAGUGACCCAAACAAAAUGCAGUACAGCACCUCCAACUGUCGUGGUGAGAGCCUGCUAGAGAAGAAGUCCUACAAGGACCCUCUCUUGAAGGGACAGCGAUGUGUCAUUCUAGCCGAUGGCUUCUACGAGUGGAGGAGACAGGAGAAAGACAAACAGCCGUUCUUUAUCUACUUCCCACAGAGAGAUGGAACACCAGGGUCCGGCCAAACAGAUACUCAAGAGGACGAUGACGGCAAGACUUCUAGUGGACCAUGUGAAAGAACGGCAGAGGUCAGAGAAGAGAAUGGUGAGUGGACGGGAUGGCGCCUGCUCACCAUUGCUGGGCUGUUUGACUGCUGGGCACCCCCCGGCGGUGGCGAGGUUUUGUACACUUAUACAGUCAUCACUGUGAACGCCUCACCAAACCUGCAGAGCAUCCAUGACAGGAUGCCAGCCAUUCUGGACGGAGACGAAGAGGUGAGGCAGUGGUUGGAUUUUGGAGAGGUGCGCUCACUGGAAGCUUUGAAACUGCUCCAGUCCAAGUCGUGCCUGAUCUUCCACCCUGUCUCAACAAUCGUCAACAGCUCCCGCAACAACUCGCCCGAGUGCCUGCAGCCCAUUGAUCUCGCUGCUAAGAAGGCCCCCCAGUCAUCAGCCAGCAGUAAGAUGAUGAUGAGCUGGCUAAAAACCGGCUCACCAAAAAAGAGGAAAGAACCAGAUGAUGCAGAACCGACAGGAAACCCUGCAGGAGAAAAGCAAAAGUCUAAACCGGCUGGUCUGCUGCAGCAGUGGCUGCAGGGAAACGGUGCCAGCAAGAAACCAAGAACAUAAGUGUCCUUUCAGUUAGUUCUCCACAUUGUUUGAGACAUUUUUCAACACUGGAUUUAUAGUAAAUGUUUGAGUUUAUUGGCAGUUUAAUUUGCUUCACAGUAUUUGGAUAUACUGAAUUCCCUUGUGCACUCUGGCAACCUUUGCGGGUUGCAACACACCCCUGCUGGACGAACAGGGCUUCAGGAAAGCAGAGGUUUGCUGGUUCAAGCCCCAAAACUACCACGAUCCUUAACCCUCUAUUGUUUGCAUUAUAUUCAGUCACAACUGUAUUAAGAUGUUCUAAUAUUCUUUAUGGGGCGGCUCGGUGGGCAGCACCGUCACCUCACAGCAAGAAGGUCCUGGGUUCGAUCCCAAGGUGGGGCGAUCUGGGUCCUUUCUGUGUGGAGUUUGCAUGUUCUCCCCGUGUCUGCGUGGGUUUCCUCCCACAGUCCAAAAACAUGCAGUCAGAUUAAUUGGAGACACUGAAUUGCCCUAUAGGUGAAUGUGAGUGUGUGUGAGUGUGUGUGUGUGUGUGUGUGUGUGUGUGUGUGUGUGUGUGUGCCCCCCCCCCCCCCGACCCCGACCCCGACCCCGACCCUAAUUGGAUAAGUGGUUAAGAAAAUGAACGAAUAAAUAAUAUUCUUUAUUAAUCUUUAUUGGUUAGAAGGCCAGUGUUAGUCGGUGUUUAUACAGUAUUAGGUUGUACGUUCACACUGUGGAAAGAAGGCGCGAAUCAAACGAUUUAUUCAACAAGGUUUUUUAUUUUUUUACUUUCAAAUACAUUUAUUUUCAAACGAUGUUUAUGCUCUGCUAUAAUAAAUGUUCAUGUUAAUUAAUGCUUCA